UGCUUUUGUCCCGUCCUCUAGUGCCUCGUUCAAUCGCUCUGAGCCCCAAUUGUUCAUAGUUGGUAAACCAUUUUUGUGAUCUUUGUUAAAACGAUCAUUACGAGCCUCGCAAAACAUGCCAAGUGUCGGUAAGGGCUCCAAAAACGGCCAGAAUACAAAAGUGAAAGGAAUGUGACAGACGAAACGAGAAGAUUUCUAUCGGGCAACUCGUGAUCGUGAAGGCUAGAGGUUUUCAGGUACGAAGCAGCCUCACGCACCGAAUUGUGACCAACCACCGAGAAGUGCGAUCAAGUGAAAAAGAAGUUCGGGCAUACAAUGUUUCGUUUGCGAUGCUGCGGGCCAUGUGUUUUCGGAGCCACCGAAGCCCAACGGAGCUGGUAGAGUGUGCGUAGUUUCAAGCGGAGGCAAAUUCGACAGGGAUCAGUUUGUCACCGAUCUUUCGGUCCGAGCAGCGGGUCAGGUAGUGAAACCCCUUGUGCUCUCUGUCUCUUUUGUGUGCGUUAGCGAUAUUCGAAGAUCUCUCGGCGUGUGCGUGACGAUCGCUUAGGCGGAUAAACAAAACAAAGCAGACGACGCGCUAUACAUUCUUGCGGGCCGCGAUUGUACGUGCCAUGAAGCGUCCAUCAUUUGUGUUCUGUCCUUCAUCGCUUCAGUUUCACAUCCACCGAGCCAAGAGCCUCUUGCGACGAAGCCUUCAACCGACCCAUUCAUCGCUAUCGUCGCUCCAUAGCCUUCCCGAUAGAGGUUCUUAUCGCUGACGACGACGACGACGCCGCCGCAACGCCCUCCUGCAGUGUUUACACUCCGCUCAAGUGCCCCACCGCAAGCGUUAUCGAGGAGGACGCGCGCACUCGGAAUCGUGCCGAAACCGUGCAUUUCAUCGUUGACACAAACACAAACACGAAAUGCGUCUACCGAGCGACUCUAAUUCAGCGGCCGACUUCAUCCGUGGUAGCUUCCGCAGCAUCCGAUCGCGUCUGUCGGAUCCGGGGACGCCUCCAGAAUCGCUGGCUUCACCGCCGGCACCAGUGAUCGCUGCUCCCGGAGCAGCAGAGCAACCGAACACGGCGGGUCAGGCAGCCAGGCCAGCCUACAAUCGAGCUACGGUCGAGGUGCAACCGGUGGUGAUCCGCAAAACACCCAAAUUUCCGUCCCGCGAACGUCAUCUGGCGAUCCGGCGCAAGAACAGGGUGCCGCCAGCGACACCGGAGCUAGCGGAACUGUCGCCCCCGGCAUCGCCCGUGUCCUGCGGCAGGAGACUCAGCAAGAAAACUUGCCAGGAGUGCAAGUGCCCGCGUGAAACGCAUGCCGUUUACCACGAGCAGCUAACAACGGUGCGGGAACGACUCGGCUUCAAACAUGACACCAACACCUCGCGCGUGGAUCCGCGCCAAAUGGGCUACACCUGGGUACCGCCGGGCAUACUGACCUCAGCGAAGAUUCAACGAUACUUCGAUGUGAUACCGCCGGAGAAGGUGCCCAAAAUCGGCACACAAGGGGAACGGUUCCGUGACAAACAGCUGGUGUAUCAGCUACCGAAGCAGGAUCUUGCCCUGGAUUACUGCAAACACGUGGAGGAGCAGAACCGUGGCUCGUACGAGGAUUUCGUCGCGGCACGGAAUGAAAUUGCACUUGACAUCGGAUACGUGAAGGAUACGCCGCAGGCAACGAAAUGCGCCGGUUGCGGUGAAACGCUAAACCACGGCGAGAUGGCUGUGACGGCCCCGAAGUUCCGCGAGCAGACGCUGUGGCAUCCGCGGUGCUUCAAGUGUACGACCUGUGAUGAGCUGCUAGUCGAUUUGACCUACUGCGUGCACGACGAUCAGAUUUACUGCGAGCGUCACUACGCGGAAAUGCUGAAACCCCGUUGCAGUGCCUGCGAUGAGCUUAUUUUCAGUGGCGAGUACACCAAAGCCAUGUCGAAGGACUGGCACUCGGGACACUUCUGCUGCUGGCAGUGCGACGAAAGCCUGACCGGCCAGCGCUACGUACUGCGCGACGAGCACCCGUACUGCAUCAAGUGCUACGAGAACGUGUUCGCCAACGUGUGCGAAGAAUGCAACAAGACUAUCGGCAUCGACUCGAAGGAUCUCUCGUACAAGGACAAGCACUGGCACGAGGCGUGCUUCCUGUGCAACAAGUGCCGCAUCUCGCUGGUCGACAAGCAGUUCGGCUCGAAGGCGGACAAGAUCUACUGUGGCAACUGCUACGACGCCCAGUUCGCGUCCCGCUGCGAUGGCUGCGGUGAAAUCUUCCGUGCCGGCACGAAGAAGAUGGAGUACAAGACCAGACAGUGGCACGAGAAGUGCUUCUGCUGCUGCGUGUGCAAGACCGCCAUCGGCACCAAGUCGUUUAUUCCGCGUGAGCAGGAAAUCUACUGUGCCGGGUGCUACGAGGAAAAGUACGCCACUCGUUGCAUCAAGUGCAAGAAGAUCAUCACCAGCGGCGGGGUGACGUACAAGAACGAACCGUGGCACCGCGAGUGCUUUACCUGCACCCACUGCCAGGUGUCGCUGGCCGGGCAGCGCUUCACGAGCCGCGACGAGAAGCCGUACUGUGCCGAGUGCUUCGGUGAGCUGUUCGCGAAGAGAUGUACAUCCUGUACCAAGCCCAUCACCGGUAUCGGCGGUACGCGAUUCAUCUCGUUCGAGGAUCGCCACUGGCACAACGAUUGCUUCAUCUGCGCCAUCUGCAAAACGUCGCUGGUUGGCCGCGGUUUCAUUACCGACGAGCAGGACGUCAUCUGUCCGGAGUGUGCCAAGCAGAAGUUGAUGUAAAUGUCGCUGGCACCGGCGGACGGCGGAUGUCCGGCCCUUUCGGUGUGUGAAGCAGUAGAAGCAGACGGCAUCGAGGUGAACGAGGAUCAAGCGUUGAUCCUUUACACUCAGGCCCACUGUAACCCACAUUGCAGCGGGAGAGCGGGAGAGAGAGAGAUCGAGAGAGAGAGAGAAAGAGAGCGUGAGAUGAAGAGAGCACAGGGAACAAUAGGAAAUAUUGUCCUCCGACCAGAGAGAGCGAGCGAGAGAGCAAUCAUCCCCUUUCAUUUUAACGGUCCCCCCACACGAACGAUCGCAAUCCUCUUCCUAGCGACGCGGCGCUAAACGCGUGGCUUACGUGUGUAUUUGUUUUUAUGUUGUGCGUGCUUAAUGCUGCUUUCCUCCCGACCGCCCCCUCGUGGGUUUUUAGUUCCUCCGUUUGCCUCCUGAUCCGAUGUGGGAGAUAAAAGUAUUCUACUGUGCGAGAACCACGUGCCUUCAUCGGGGACCGCAUUUGAACAAUGGAAUUUAUGCGCGAGCGCCCCCCACGCGCGCCGCGUUUGUGUGUGGGCAUUACGUUUCAGUUACAAAAUUAUGCAAAUUAGCCUGAGGUCUUAGAUUAGGUGGCUGAGAGAGAGAGGAAGAGAGAGCGAGCCAGCGAACGCAAGUAGCGCAGCACAACGGCCUAUAUUCACGUGAAGAUGCCUUUUACGACACAAAACUGUCACCAACUAACGCCGUCCGGCCGCCACCCGCAGUCGGGCGAUGGUCAGGAUGGCCGUAUGUAAGCGGGAGGACCUCGGGAGCGCAAACUGUUAUAAGUGUUUAGUUUGUCUUUUUACGAUAAGAGAGACCGCGGAACCCUGGGACCGGCACGCUUCUGUUCUAGCACCGCUUUCGCUGAAAACGCUGUUUAAGUCCUCUCCUGGGCGGUGUCGUAAAUUUGAUUUGCUGUGGCCGUUUUCUGUUUACCCGUCAUUAGCCCAACCAUAAUGUUACGCGCGCUGCGUGAGCCAGAGAUACUGAAGCUUUGUAAAUUUUUCGGACAAAAAUUAAAACAAAUGACUAGCAGAGGAACACCACCGCGCGCCAGCAGUACGAGUCGUCCGAAGUCCGAGGAUCCGAGGCGAAGAUCACAGUCUGAUGUGGCGACCGUUUACGUUAUUCAACUAAUUCUAUCGAACGGCGCGCUCCCAACUACUACCCCAUUUGCAUAGUAGUGUAAAAAGUAAACACAAAACAAACAAAAGCAGCAUAAAAGCAUAGAAAGAGAGAGAGAGCAUUAUUCGCGCUUUAACCUCGUCCUGUUUGUGUGUAGGAGCAUAUGUUCAUCUUUAAAUUAUUUAUUCGUUAACCAUAUACACCAUGUUCACUCUUCAUACAGACAAAACGGUGCGUAAUGAGAUCGACAUAAAAUUAAAAUGAUAUGAAAAAUAAAGAGAAAUAUAAAACGUACACAAA